UAUGGCAAAGCCGAAAAAGCCAGUAAUUAUGUUAUCCACUGCCCAUUACCGUCAAAGCACCGAUCCAUUGAAAGGAUUUAAGCCAGAUCAAAUUUUGGACUACAAUAAAUUUAAAGCGGGGGUAGAUACAAGGGAUCAAAUGUUGACUGGCUAUUCGUGCAAACGCUCGACAAACCGUUGGCCACUGUCAAUGUCUUAUAAUAUGCUUGAUAUUGUCGGUUUGGCCUCAUUCAUCAUCUAUGACGAGCUGAAUCCGGCAAAGCAGAGUGAUAAGAGGCGCUCAUUUAUCAUUGAAUUGGCACGGCAGCUAGUUAUCCCACAUAUGACGAAACGCGCGACUAACCCAUUAGUAUGGAGGUUUGCUCAUAUAAGACAAGCAAUGAAUCUUUUCAAUAUCAAGGUACCGGAAUCUUGUCCAUCGACAUCAGAUGCAGCACAGCAACAAUCAUAUGCUCAAGUUGCUUCAACACGGUCAUCGUGCUACUGCUACUGCUUCUUCUUCGAAAAAGCGACGUAAAACUCGUUAUAACUGCAGCAAAUGUAAUCGUCCCAUAUGUCUUAAUGAAUAUUCCAUGCAACUAUAUAGUUGUAAACCCAAUUGCUCUUCGUAAUUAAUACUAAUCCGAUCAAAUAAAUAAAUAAAAUUAUUUUUAAAACCGUAUUUCUUACAUUAUUUGUAUGG